GUCGGUAAUGAACGGGUUUCCUCCGCCGUCGUAAAGAGAAGAAGAAAACCCGGAACUAGGCUGCUCUCCACAAAACGUCAGAUGAAAAGCGAAUCUUAACAAUAACAAAUACACACCCCACUGAUAACAGCCACCCGAAUAAUUAUACACACCGUAUGCCAGGGUUAUAACUUACGGGGGGGAAGCAUGGCAUUUAUAACGGCAAACUGGAAUCCGCUCGGGGAAGCGUUUUACAGGUAAGCAGGUUUUAGCUAGCUAGCUGUGUUAGCUUGUUCACAUGACCAGAGUCUUUGCAAAAUGCUAACGUUAGCUAGCUAGAUACAAAUAAAUGACAGCUCUAUCAGACUGGUAAUAAAGCCAUGUUCCUUCCUUGCUAUUUGCCGUAAUGCUUUGUUCAGUAAAAAUAAAGUAAGUUCAAUAUUAUUAGCUAAUGCCCUGCAAUAAUUUGGACUUCUCUUGCAUGCCAUCUAGCAAAUCAUGUGACAACUGUCAUUACUUUUUAGGUUGACUCUGUCAUGUGCGUGCGUGUGUGUGUGUGUGUGUGUGUGUGUGUCCACUCUACAGGAAGAUCGAGCUGUAUGAGAUGGGAUGGAGCUUGAGAGAUGGGCUCAAGGAAUGCCUGGUGGCAGCAGCCCCAUACGGGGGACCCAUCGGUGAGUACACACACACACACACAUACCGAUAUGAUGGAGCCUGGAGAAGGCAGCCGAGCAGAGAGAAUUACUUAUACAAUUUAGAGAAACUCACAUUCUUGCAAAAUAUUUAUAAUCUACAACAUAUGUAUUCUAACCACAUAGCUAAUUAAAGAAGUAUGUUUAUCUCUCUCUCUCCAUCUCUCCCUCCCUCCCUCGCUCCAUCUAUUUCCCUUCGUCACCAUCUCUCCCUCAGCUCUCCUGAGGCAGCCACAGAGGCCUUCCUCCAGCGCACGGCCCCUGCUGGAGAUCUACUCCUCCUCGGGCGCCAACAUGGCCAGCUUCCCGGUACACACACACACACACACACACACACACACACACACACACACACAAACAAACACUUAUUCACUCAAGUCACUCUCUCUUUCUCUGUCCUUCCCUCCCUUUCUCCUUCCCUCCAUCCCUCUCCUCCGUUCUUCUCCUCCGUCCCUCUCGUUUCUCCAGUGGAAGAGUGGCCCAGUGAGACAGCUGGGUUGGACGGUGUGUGAUGACCUGCUGUGUAUCCAGGAGGACGGCACUGUCCUCAUCUACGACCUGUUUGGUGCCUUCAAAAGACACUUCAGCAUGGGCAACGUGAGCACACAUAACACAACAAACAUGCCACAAACAUGAUAAAAACAUGAUAAUCCAUCUUACGUGUGUGUGUGUGUGUGUCUUUGACAGGAGGUGGUUCAGAACCAUGUGCUGGAAGCCAAGGUGUUCCACUCGCCCUACGGAACCGGUGUCGCCAUAGUAACGGGGGCCUCACGUUUCACACUGGCGACGAACAUUGACGACCUGAAGCUGAGGAGACUCCCGGAAGUCCCAGGUGUGUGUGCGUGUGAAAUCCUGUCAGGCUUCAAGUUCCAAAUGAAUGGAAACAUUUGUCACUAUUUAAUUGAUUAAUUGGCGUGUGUUUGUGUACUCCAGGCCUCCAGGUGGCACCCUCCUGCUGGGCAGUGCUGACUCAGGACAGACAGACCAAAGUGCUGCUGGCCAACGGAGCUGACCUCUACAUACUGGACAACACAUCUUGCACCCCUGUGGUGAGACACACACGCAACGUAUUCAUUACUGUCUCUAAUCAUCCUUGCUCUCUCACCUCUAACUGUGUGUGUGUGUUUCAGACCCCCCCAGGCCUCUCUCCCCAGGCCUGUAGCAUCGUGAACAUGGCUGUGUCAUUCAGCUAUAAGUACCUGGCUCUGUUCACCGACUCUGGACACCUGUGGAUGGGCUCAGCCAACCUCAAGGUAACAUGGAUUACUAUCCCUCAUACUGUAUGGCUCCCUGAUGUGACUAGCUUCCAUUAUUAUAUAUCUAUUAUCUAUUGUCUAUACACACCAGUGGUCCUCAACCCAUCCAGGCAAUUCCAGUCUUAUCACAGGUUAUCUAGGUUGCCAGGCAACUGUAGAGUGUAAAUAGCUCUGGUGUGGGGGAGUGCUGACCAUUUUGGGCCAAUAGUUUUUUCCUGGUCAAGUUAUGUAGUCAGGAGAAGCCAUGGCCCUGUAUAUCAGACAUGUCUAAUGUAGAUGUGUAUUAUGGUAGUCUGCUACUGACUGUUGUUUGUUCCCCAGGACAAGCUGAGUGAGGUGGACACCAAGGUGAGGACCCCUCCUAAACAGAUGGUGUGGUGCAGAAGGCCAAAGAGCCAGCAGCCCUCUGUGGUCAUCAUGUGGGACAGGCUCCUCCUGGUGGCCGGAGAGUGUAAAGACACCAUCCAGUAUCCUUCAGCUCACAGCAGCACUAUGACAGGACAUUACAUCCAAGUUAACUCAGCUAGCUAGUUCCUGUUAGCUCAGCUAGCUUGUUCCUGUUAACUUGUUACUGUUAAAGGUACAGAACUAUGACAGGACAUUAUAUCCAAGUUAGCUCAGCUAGCUAGUUCCUGUUGGCUUGUUACUGUUAACGGUACAGUUAGCAAUAUGGUAUUAAAUCUACAGUUAGCAAUUCUGCUCACAGACAUCAACACAAGCAUAAUUCAACUCUGUCACUGAUCCAAAUGCGUGCACUCUCAUGGAGCCUUCACCAGUGUUUAGAUACACUCUGGAUGAGGAGAGUGUGUGUAUAGCGGAGCUGGAUGGAGUGAGGAUCGUAGGAGGGUCCAGGCAUGAGCUGCUGCAGGAGGUGCCCUCGGCCUGCCAAGACAUCUUUAAAAUCGCCUCCAUGGCCCCUGGAGCGUUACUACUGGAGGCACACAAGGAGUACGAGGUACGUGUCUGGCCGUGUGACUGUAAGAGGUUUACACUUUAUUGUAUAUAUGUAUUGGAGGUGAUGUACGAAGACUGUACGCUAACUGUGUGUGUGUGUGUGUAGAAGUCCAGUCAGAAGGCAGAUGAGUACCUGAGAGAGAUAAAGGAACAAAGUGUAUUGGGAGAAGCAGUGAGACAGUGUGUGGAGGCUGCCGGUUAUGAACAUGAACCAGAGACCCAGAAAACACUGCUCAGGGUAAGACACACACUAUCUCACUCUACCUCUACCGCUCUUUCUCUCUCUACCUCUCUCUCUCUCUCUCUCUCUCUCUCUCUCUCUCUCUCUACCUCUCUCUCUCUCUCUCUCUCUCUCUACCUCUCUCUCUCUCUCUCUCUCUCUCUCUCUCCUCUCUCUCUCUCUCUCUCUCGCUCUCUCGCUCUCUCGCUCUCUCGCUCUCUCGCUCUCUCUCUCUCUUUCUCUCUCUCUCUCUCUCUCUCUCUCUUUCUCUCACGGUCUCUAACUUAUUUUCUCUCUCCCAUCUAUGCCUGCAUGUUAUGUUGACAAGAUCAAAAUGAGUCAGUCCACAGAUAAAUUCAUGUCCCCCCCUCCCCCCUCUUUUCCUCUCUCCCUCCCUCACCCUCCCUCUCCCUCUCUCCCUCCCUCUAGGCUGCGUCCUUUGGGAAGUGUUUUCUCAGUAACUACCCACCAGAGCCAUUUGUCAAUAUGUGUCGAGACCUGAAGGUUCUCAACUCUGUACGAGACUACACCGUGGGGAUCCCCCUCACACACACACAGUACAAACAGAUGACUGUUCAGGUCCUCAUUGACAGGUAACACCCCAGGUGUGUGUGUGUGUUUACGGUGUGUGUGUGUGUGUGUGUUUACUCUCUGUACACUCGUGUUAAACAGGUUGGUGUACCGUCAGCUGUAUCCUCUGGCCAUUGAGAUCUGUCGCUAUCUGAAAACCCCAGAGUACCAGGGAGUCAGCAGAGUUCUCAAACACUGGGCCUGCUGCAAGGUGAGACAGAGGGGCUGAUUUUACUGUUCAAUUUUACUAUUUGCAUAAAUGUGGGUGUGUGUCAGCGUAUGUAUGUUCUUAACAUGCUCUGACAGGUCCAGUGCUGUGAAAAAGGAUUUGCCAACAUUCAAAUGUUCUCUACUUUUGCAUAUUUUUGGUACUGAAUGUUAUCAGAUCUUCAACCAAAACCUAAUAUUAGAUCAAGUGAACAAAUAACACAACAAUUACAUACUUAUUUCAUUUAUUUAAUAAACAAAGUUAUGCAACACCCAAUGCCCCUUUGUGAAAAAGUAAUUGCCCCCUUACACUCAAUAACUGGUUGUGCCACCUUUAGCUGCAAUGACUUCAACCAAACGCUUUCUGUAGUUGUUGAGCAAUCUCUCACAUCGCUGUGGAGGAAAUUUGGCCCACUCUUCCAUGCAGAACUGCUGUAACUCAGCGACAUUUGUGGGUUUAACAAGCAUGAACUGCUCGUUUCAAGUCCUGCCACAACAUCUCAAUUGGGAUUAGGUCUGGACUUUGACCAAAAAAGUUAUACUUUUGAAUAAUCUGUCCAUAUAACAUUCUUCCAAGAGUCUUGAUGAUUAUCCAGGUGCUUUUUGGCAAACUUGAGUCAACUUUUUGGACGAGAUGGGUCCCAUUAUGCCUGGCGAAAACCAAACACUGCAUUUCACAGUAAGAACCUCAUACCAACGGUCAAGCAUGGUGGUGGUAGUGUGAUGGUUUGGGGAUGCUUUGCUGCCUCAGGACCUGGACGACUUGCCUUAAUAGAAGGAACCAUGAAUUCUGCUCUGUAUCAGAGAAUUCUACAGGAGAAUGUCAGACCAUCCGUCUGUGAGCUGAAGCUGAAGCACAGCUGGGUCAUGCAGCAAGACAAUGAUCCAAAACACAAUUAAGUCUACAUGAAAAUGGCUAAAAAGCAACACAUUUGAAGUUUUGGAAUGGCCUAGUCAAAGUCCAGACCUAAUCCCAAUUGAGAUGUUGUGGCAGGACUUGAAACGAGCAGUUCAUACUUGAAAAACCACAAGUUAAAGCAGAUCUGCAUGCAAGAGUGGGCCAAAAUUCCUCCACAAGUGAUGUGAGAGACUGAUCAACAACUACAGGAAGCGUUCGGUUGGAGUCAUUGCAGCUAAAGGUGGCACAACCAGUUAUUGAGUGUAAGGGGACAAUUACUUUUUCACACAGGGGAAUUGGGUGUUGCGUAACUUUGUUAAAUAAAUAAAAUAAGUAUCCAUUUUUUUUGUUAUUUGUAAACUCAGGUUCCCUUUAUCAAAUAUUAGGUUUUGGUUGAAGAUCUGAUAACAUUCAGUAUCAAAAAUAGAGAAAAUCAGAAAGGGGGGAAAAUAGUUUUUCACGGCACUGUAUCUCUUGAGAUUGAAAUAAAAUGUGUGUGUGUGUGUCUCAGGUCCAGCAGAAAGAAGAGCCUGAUGAGUCCAUAGCGCGUGCUGUGAGUGUGAAGCUGGGUGAGGCAGCAGGAAUCUCCUACUCUGAGAUCGCUGCCAGAGCAUACGAGUGUGGCAGGACGGAACUGGCCAUCAAGGUACUGCACAUGCACACACACACACACACACACACACACCAGCAGGCCUGAACUGACUAUCAAGGUCCACCCACGCCCUAGCCUCACGUGCUUCCAACACAAGAGAAAGUGAUUAAGGCACAAAUGCCUUUGGAGGCAUAAUGGAUGUCUGGAUCCACCUCACUACUCUCCCCCUCACACUCGUGCUCAACUAUCAUCCACCCAUCCACCUCUUCCAGCCCACUCCUCCACACAGGCACUCUCGACUCUCAAUCCUCCACCCUCUGCUUCAUCCAAGUAUACUUGCACCUCUCUGUGCAUCCUUCACCUCUCACCUCUCAUGCCUUCUCUCACCUCACUCUCCCCCUCUCUCCUUCCACCUCUACCUCUCGCCCCUCCUCCUCCACCUCUCCACCUCUUCUCUGCCCCUCUCUCCUUCCACCUUCCACUUCUCGCCCCUCUCUCCUUCCACCUCUCCACCUCUUCUCGCCCCUCUCUCCUUCCACCUCUCCACCUCUUCUCGCCCCUCUCUCCUUCCACCUCUUCUCGCCCCUCUCUCCUUCCACCUCUUCUCGCCCCUCUCUCCUUCAACCUCUCCACCUCUUCUCGCCCCUCUCUCUGGGUCUAGUUGUUGGAGUUUGAGCCUCGUUCUGGGGAGCAGGUCCCCCUGCUACUAAAGAUGAAGAGGAGUCAGCUGGCCCUGAGUAAAGCUAUAGAGAGUGGAGACACAGACCUGGUUUACACGGUGGUGACAUACCUGAAGAACGAGAUGAACAGAGGAGACUUCUUCAUGACGCUCAGAAACCAACCGGUGGCCCUGAGCCUCUACCGGCAGGUAUAGUCACAGAUACUCACACUCACACACAACUUAGCCUCUACACACAGGUACACACGCACGAAAGGUGGAUUCAUCUGUGUGUGUGUGUGUGUGUGUGUGUGUGUUUUAGUUCUGUAAGCACCAGGAACAGGACACACUGAAGGAUCUGUUCAACCAAGACGACGACCAUCAGGAGCUGGGUAACUUCUACGUCAAGGCCAGUUACAAGGAGAAGAAGCUGGAGGCUCGCCUGUCUCUGCUGCAGAGUGCUGUGGACGAGUACAACAAGGCCAAGAACGAGUUUGGAGCCAAGGUGAGACCCAGACAGUUUUAAGUGCAUGUUUGGUUUCACCAGGCUCUGAAUAGCAUUAGCCCCUUGGACCAAAAAUGAACAUCUAAAUUAGAUCAUGACAAUGUUCUCAAAGUGUUGUCUCAUUAUUAUAGUGUUGUCUCAUCCCUUCCUCUCUCCCUCGCUCUCUCUCCCCCCCCCCCUCUCCCCCCCCUCUCUCUCUCCGCUCCGUCUCUCUCUUUCCCUAUCCCUCUCUCUCUCCCCCGCUCCCUCUCUCUCUCUGUCUGUCUCUCUCCCUAUCCCUCGCUCUCUCUCUCUCCCUCGCUCUCUCUCUCCCUCGCUCUCCCCCUCUCUCUCUCCCCCCCACUCUCUCUCUCUAUCUCUCUCCCUCUCUCUCUGUCUCCCCCGCUCUCUCUCCCCCCCCCCCGCUCCCUCUCUCUCCCCCCCCUCUCUCUCCCCCCGCUCUCUCUCUCCCCGCAUCGCUCUCUCUCUCUCUCUCUCUCUCUCUCUCUCUCCCCCCUCCCCCCAGGCGACGGAGGAGGAGAUGAAGCUGCUGCGGUUCCAGAGGCGUCUGGAUGAGGAGAAGGGAGAGGCUCUGCUGGGCCUGUCUCUCCAGGAGACCCUGCACGCCCUCCUCACCUCUAACUUCCACAAGCAGGCUGAGCAGCUCUACAGGGACUUCAGGGUGCCAGACAAGAGGUAAAGGUAGGGCUGUGUGUGUUAUGGUGCUUUCAAGACAACUGGGAACUCUCGGGGGAAAAAACGAGGUCAAAUCAUAACGUCAGGGAUCUUAAGGUCGACAUGUUGGGGUUCUAGAAAGUUGCCCAGGUUGCCGACUUGGAAUUCUGAGUUGGAUGACCGUUCAAAAUGAUUCAGAGCUUGUUUUUUCCCCCCCCAAGUUCCCAGUUGUCUUGAAUACUCGGAAGUCAUAGAUUUCCGAGUUGCGAGUUCCCAGUUGUUUUGAACGUGGCAUAACGUCACUGUGUAGUUGCUUAUUGAUGACAUCACUGUGUAGUCCCUUAUUGAUGAUGCCACUGUGUAUUCCCUUCUUGAUGCUGUCACUGUGUAGUCCCUUAUUAAUGCUGAUGCUGUCACUGUAUAGUCCCACCUUGAUGAUGUCACUGUGUAUUCCCUUCUUGAUGCUGAUGCUGUCACUGUGUAGUCCCUUCUUGAUGCUGAUGCUGUCACUGUGUAGUCCCUUAUUGAUGCUGUCACUGUGUAGUCCCUUAUUAAUGCUGAUGCUGUCACUGUAUAGUCCCUCCUUGAUGAUGUCACUGUGUAUUCCCUUCUUGAUGCUGAUGCUGUCACUGUGUAGUCCCUUCUUGAUGCUGAUGCUGUCACUGUGUAGUCCCUUAUUGAUGAUGUCACUGUGGUUAGGUACUGGUGGCUGAAGCUGACCGCUCUGGCAGAGAAGGAGGACUGGGAGGAGAUGGAGAAAUUCGCCAAGAGCAAGAAGUCCCCCAUCGGCUACUUAGUAUGUUGUUUAAAUAAUCUUUAUACAACGUUAUUCAUCCAAUAGGCUACUUGACAGGUCAUGUAUAAUCUUUAUACAACUUAAGUUACGUAACUAACCUCUCCCUUUCUCUCUCAGCCCUUUGUGGAGGUGUGUGUGAAACGACACAAUAAGUACGAGGCCAAAAAGUAUGUUUCCAAGGUGACCCCGGAGCAAAAGGUCAAAGCCCACUUGGCCAUAGGGUGAGUCUGUGUGUGUGUGUGCGCGUGUCUGUGUGUGUGUCAGUGUGCAGAAACUAAACUCCUUUUCCUUUCUCUCUCUCCCCCUCUCUCAGUGAUCUGGAGGGGGCAGCCGAGGCAGCUAUAGAGAGGAGGAGUGAAGGAGAGAUCAGCACCGUCCUGUCUCGCUGUUCUCCCACCACAGACAGAGCCCUGCUGGAGAGACUCAACCGAGCCAGAUCCACUGCCGCCAAAAAGUGACCUCCCUGAAAUUCAAUUCAAACCACAACAUUUCUCACUGUCAAAAAAGUGAGCCCUAUCAAAAACGCACUAACUGUUACUGUUGAAAAGUGACCCGUCAACCACCAUUCACCCCAGCUCUAGCGUAUGUCCUGCUUCAACCACAUUUGGAGGGGAAGGAGUGAUUUGGGAAAGAAAGACAUUCCAAGCUUACACACACACACACACAGGUUAGACACGCUGAUAUCAACAGCACUCCCACAAUUAGCCAAUCGUGAAAUAAAUGUUCCUCUCGACUGUCUGUUUUAGCCGAGAGACGCAGUGAGAUCAUCUCAAUUCGCAAUGAAUUGCUUUCAUAUUGUAUAUCCUGUGUUUUCAAAUCUGUUCAAAUGAAGGAAGUGAGAGAAGUAAGGACACCACUUUUGACUAUAGAGAAGCACAGAUUGCUCCCAUUUACUGUCUGCUGUAAACUGCCUGUGUUACUGACACAGAUCAUGUGAUUGUCACAUUAAUGAAACCAUGUUUGUGUUGUACACACACUGCAGACCCUUGUCUCAUGUUUUAUCAUUGAAUAAAUGCGUUCCUUUAUGAAGGAGCUACGAAACGAUAGAGGAACACGGUACUCAGGAAUGGGAUCGGUGUCCCAUGUUGAACAUUAUGGGAAAUAGGCUGCUUGUAGAAAACAAGAAACUCAAAAUUACUGCUUCUUUUUGUAAUAAUCAACAGGGCAUAUUGUAUGUAGGCUAUUGUGUAAAAGCAUCAGGUCAGAAAAUGGGGUUCAUAAAUGUGGAUAGAGGACAGUCAACAACUGUACUGUAACGGUACAGGCCUACUGUAUGUGAGUGGGGGAAAUAAUGUGAAAUGUUACAGUAUAAAUUGGAAUUUAUGGGCCGAAUUUACGACGCCUCCACACACUGAAACUUGGCAGAGGAAUCGGCCAAGCAUAUUCUCUCAAACCGUGUCUGGAGUUUUCUCUUUUUGCUGACGGCAUACUUUUUCAGUUCAGAAAGAGGUACCGCCGGGGGCGCGGGGCUGCGCCUGUCACGUGGUCUGUUUGUUUGUCUAUGCCUGUCUGUGAGCCGCGAGACACUUGCUGUCACACGAUUCAGAAGCUCUUCAAGCGAGUUCCGCGUUUAAAACAGGUAAUGUAGCCUUGUCCGUACAAUGUGUUGUUUUCUGAGAAAUCAGAAACAAAGUUGCAAGUGAGUGUAAGUUGCAAGUUAUACUAUCCUAGCCAAGAGUUGGCUCAAAGUAAAAACAAAUCGGUGUAGUGGAGUCAUUUAUAUAGGGGCUACUUAUAGAAAUGAGAGUGAGUGAAGUAUUAGAAGUUCACCCGCUGCCUUAGAGAUAAUUCAACAGCUGUGUAGCCUAUUGUGUAUAUCUCGCAGAGUUAUAUAUACACUGAGUUUACCAAACACCUUCCUAAUAUUGAGUUGCACCGCUCCCUUUUGCCAUCGGAACAGCCUCAAUUCGUCGGGGCAUGGGCUCUACAAGGUGUCGAAAGCGUUCCACUGAUGUUGGCCCAUGUUGACGCCAAUGCUUCCCACAGUUGUGGCAAGUUGGCUGGAUGUCCUUUGGGUGGUGAACCAUUCUUGAUCCACACGGGAAACUGUUGAGCAUGAAAAACCCAGCAGCAUUGCAAUUCUUGACAAACUGGUGUGCGGGGCACCUACUACCAUACCCCUUUCAAAGGCACUUGCAUAUUUUGUCUUGCCCAUUCACCCUCUGACUGGCACACAGGCUUAAAAAUCCUUCUUUAACCUGUCUCCUCCCCUUCAUCUACACUGAUUUGAAGUGGAUUUAACAAGUGACAGCUUUCACCUGGGUUCACCCGGUCAGUCUGUAAUGGAAAGAGCAGGUGUUCUUAAUGUUUUGUACACUCAUUGUAUAUUAAGAGUAACUUUCUUGAAAACAAUUUUUUUUGAUCGAAAACCAGUUUUAGGCUUAGUUAUAGUGAAACACGUCAAUUCUAGUCUUCAUUUUGACUGUUUGUUGCAAAAGUCAUAUUUUGGACUUUUAGUAGUAAAUCUAGCUAUUUUGGCCCCUAGCUGUUCAACUUUACCAUUGAAAUCGUGAUGUAGAGGCACCUUGGGAAGGUUCCUUUAAGUCACCUCAAGGGAUGGGGUUCCGUAUGAAAGGCUCCGUAUGGAGGGUGUGACGCAAUUGAGGCCAAAUUGAGCUCAGUACCGUAUAGCUGUGCGCCUCCCAAAUGUUGUAACAAUGCGGAGGGCUCCGUAUAGCGCCACAUAGCACCGCAUUGACAUAAUUGGUUGACGGUAGGUGGGGGCGGGAGGUCCAGUAUAAACACAAACUCACUUCCUUGACAACUUCCUCCACAUAAACUCUACUCAACAGCUCUGCGCUGCGCUGCUAAGCCAAGAAGUAUGAAUGCCCUGACUUCUGCAGAGGCCUAUCACCAUACAUGCUGCAUGGCCAAUAGAGAUGGCGGAUUGACAGUGUUGCCAACUCCUCAGUAAGGAAAGUAGCUAUUGGCUGUCCUAAAAGUCGCUAGAAGUCGCUAAAUGAAGUCAUCACCUAAUUUGCAUAAUUAGCCAUGUGCAUGUCAUUGUGAUGGAUGCUGUAGGAGAGAGGAAUAACGUCAUGGGAGAGACAAAAAGGGAGUAAAAAACACCCUACAUUUACAUCCCGCCCUGAAUGUAAGCGCGGGAUCAGCCAGCGGCGGCUUCCCGCAUGCGCGAUUCAUUUGCAGUCUGGACGCGGAGGGGUGAACAUCUCCUGCUCUGACUGCAGCUGGGAGGGACUGCUGCGUGAGGACUGGGCCGCCUGUGAGUGCUUUGGGAUGGGGGUAACAAAGCACCCGCUGCUCGUUGAGAAGAGUAAGAACGAUACGUGCUUUCACGUCAGAGUCUCCAAAAGUCUCCAAUAACACCAGAAAAUUGAAAUUGAUCAGAGGGCCUUAUAUGGCCCGCGGACCACCAGUUUCCCAUCCCUGCUGUAAAAGCUGGUGACAGCUCACCUUAUUUGGCAAUGGUCUUGGUAAGUGGAGUGUGUCAAUAUAUUUUGAAUGAUGCUUCCUUGACUAGACUACUGACGUUACACAAAAUUCAAAAGGCAGUAAGGCACAUUUACGCAUUAGAUAAAAAACUUUGAAUUUGGUCAGUGUGCUUUUAAGAAAGAAAACAUGUAGGCUAUGAGGAUUAUACGUUUAUAUUCAUAGCUACAUCCAUCGUAACAAGAAAUAGAUGACAAUGGUGGUCAUGUCAACUCGUUGUAUUUCUUCCCAACCGCUUUGACUGAGUAAAAGACGCAAAAACAAAACUAAAGAAUGGGAAGCAUAGAAAUAGCGCACAUAGAACAGAUCUACCUCUUCUUAGACUUGCUUUCAAUGAGAAUGACAGAUCUAUAACUCACAUUUUUUGGGCGACCCAACCAAAUUCUAUGCUUGCCGUUCAUAAGUUUUGUUUUUGCGUCUUUUACUUUUGGUUUUGUACACCAGCUUCAAACAGCUGAAAAUACAAUAUUUUUGGUUAUGGAAAAUAUAUUUCACAGUGGUUUUGAUGGUACAAUGAUUCUCUACACAAUGACUGCUUGUUUUGUCACAUAAACUGAAAUUAGGUGAACUAUUUAAAAAAAAUUGCAACCAGGAAGUGGCCGAGCGAUUUCUGCAUAUUGCAAAAAGAAAUUGUAGAAAUAGGCGGGGUUUAUGACUUUGUGGCGGUGGUAACUAGUGACUACCCCAUUUCAGGCUACUAAUCAAGUUAGAGUAGCUAGCUUGUCUAACUAUCUUAGCUGGCAUGCCUGCUGACAAGGUUGGUAGACUUUAGAAAAGCAAGCAACAACUAAAUGUACUCAAUAAGACUCACAUUCCUUUCAGUCUUUUAACCAGAUUUUAGCAAAGAUGCAGAGAAGCACAUUUAGUAAAAAAAUAAACACCAGUCAGGAAGAUACAGACAGCUCAAGAGGUAUGCUUAGAUAUGCAGAAAAAUUGAAAUAUUUCCAACUACUGGUCGGGGGGCCCAGCCCCUCUCCGGACCACCCCCAGCCAUCCUCGGGUACUUUGUGCCCCCUCAAAUAUUUGGGGUGCAUGACGCCCCUGGGCUACUGUGUAUAACUGUGUGUGUGUGUGUGUGUGUGUGUGUGUUUGUGUCUCAAAUUGCUUUAGUCAUGUCAUCUGUGAAGGUGGAGUGUGUGGUGAAAGAGAGGUGUGAGAUCGGAGAAGGGCCGGUGUGGGAGGAGAAAGAAGGAACUCUGCUCUUUGUUGACAUAUCCGGACAGCAGAUCCACCGCUGGAACCCAGCAACCAAUCAGAAAGAGACAGUAGCCACAGGUAACUAAGGUUCAAUAAAGAUAUAUUUUCAUUGAACUUCCAUUUUGUAGAUCCAGUUUGUUCCUCAUGCAGUUUGUUUGGGCUAUGAGGUAGCAACAGCACACCUAAUACUCCUGUCAAGUUCUGUAUUUUUUUUCUACAACCCUCCCUGUUUCCAACUCCCCACGCACCUCUCCCUGCUCCCUCCCCCAAUCUCCCUCCACCUGCUCCCUCUUUCUGCUCCCUCUCCCCAUGCCCCUCUCCCUGCUCCCUCCCCCUGCUCCCUCUCCCCACGCCCCUCUCCCUGCUCCCUCCCCCUGCUCCCUCUCCCCACGCCCCUCUCUCUGCUCCCUCCCCCUGCUCCCUCUCCCCACGCCCGUCUCCCUGCUUCAUCUCCCCCCUCUCCUCCCCCCCAUCCCCACUCCUCCCUCCAUCCCCACUCCUCCCCCCAGAUAAGUUUGUAGGCUGUGCGGUCCCUCGGCGGUCUGGAGGCUAUGUGAUCGGAGAGGGACGGAGUUUCAGAGCGCUGGACUGGGAGUCCAAGUCCAUAUCCACCAUCGCUGUCAUCGAUGAAGACAAACCCAACAACCGCUUUAAUGACGGCAAAGUGGACCCUGCUGGACGCCUAUUUGCAGGUAGAGAUUGAUAGAUCAAUUAAUUUGUCAAUCCGUUAAUCCAUUAAGCUCUCAUCUACUGCAUCUGUUCUGUGUUCUAUGUAAUGUUCUGUUGCCUGUGUUCUGCCAGGUACCAUGGCGAUGGAGGAACGUCCUACAGUACUAGAGCUGAAGCAGGGUUCUCUGUUCUCCCUGAACCAGGACCACAUUGUGGUCAAACACUUCAAUCAGGUGAUACAUGAGGGUGGAAUGUUCUCAGUGAUAGUUUCUUGUAUAGUUGUUAAGUGUUAGUGGGAGAUAUACAGUCCCAAACACUAAUCUAUAACGUAUUAGAUCAAAAGAGACUGAAGCGAGUGCUAACCUUUAUGCUGCUAUUUUGACUCUUUGACCAGGUGGACAUCUCCAACGGUCUGGACUGGUCUCUGGACCACAACACCUUCUACUACAUAGACAGCCUCACCUACACUGUGGAAGCUUUCAACUAUGACAUUAACACCGGGAGGAUCAGUGAGUGAGAGACACACACACACACAUAUAAACACUGUGACGUCACGAGAGGCUACACAGCUUUCAGCGGGGUUGCUCAAGUAGUGCCAGGAGACAAGGUUCAAACAAAACAAGGAUUUUAUUAUAGGUCUUGGGAAAUUAACGAAAAUAUAACAAAAUUCUGUUCUCUUGUGGCUCUUUAAGGGUUAACAGUUCAGGGAUGUCUCUUCCACAUCCAAAAUCAUAAUCCUCACUCGCUCAGAUAACUUUUCCCCAGCCUUACUGUAGUCCACGUUGCAGCUAGUGGCCAACCCAGCAAAAAGUCCUUCCAAAUGUCUCUCCCGUAUUUCCACAGGCGAAUAUAUCCAAAGGUGAGUAUUUCCCAAAGGUAAGUAUCUCCAAAUCCUUAUAUUCCUCAUGGAAGUGGACGUGCAGCACUCUUGUCCUCCAGAGAGCCCAGGUUGGAGACUGUGUUUCUUCACAACCCACCCACUCCCCCUCAGUGUGUCUCUUCCCUUCCAAAAACCUUCAGCUCAUCAGCCCCUGAUUCGUUUCAGCUGCGUGGGAAGAUUGGCCAUAGAGGGGUGGAGUUCCCGACCAUACCAGCAGAUGGAGCCAUAGCUGUCUGGGUUUGCAGCCAUCUCAGGGGGAUGUAACGUCCCUCCAGGACACAGCCUCUCGUGACAUCACACAUCCCCCUCCUCGGGACCGACGUCCUCGUCGGGGUAAAGGCAGCGAAGAAGGCAUCACGCCGGGAGAGGGCGUCCGCAUUGCCGUGGUGCUUGCCAGCCCUGUGGACAACAGAAAAGUUAAACGGUUGCAAGCUCAAAAACCAUCUGGUUACUCUACUGUUUGAUUCCUUGUUCUUGUUGGGCACGUUUUCCCCCCUCUUCUGCCCAGGCAUGUAGUUGUACUUGGGUGUUCUCCUCUGGCCUCUGUCCUGCAGGGGGGUGCAUCUCCCCUGGCCUCUCCCCUGACCCCUCCAGCUGGGCUCUUCAGUGCUGGGGCCCAGUUUGUCAUGAUGGGCAGGGGGGGUGUCUCUGCCGCUGGCUCCCCUUUCAGGCUCCUUCCUCUCCUGGGGAUAUUCUUUGAUCGGCCCCUGGCGUCGUUUGGGCUCUGGGAAUUUCUUUCGAGGGUCAACGUGGGGGUUCCUGUCCUCGGUCCUACUGCCUUUACGGUUUCUUGUCCCCAUUUCUAAUGGUCGGGUUUCUUCUCUGGGCUCAACCUGCUGACACUCAGGGCAACUACGGCAGUAGUUCUCUAUCUCUUUGUGUACUCCAUACUGGCCUGUGAGAGGGGGAAGCUCUUGGGUGCCUGGGACGUCUUCUUCACUGGAGAACGGAGCACUUUCCUGGGCUGCGUUCUCUUCUCCCGUAUCCGGACCAGUCUCUGUGUCGGUCUGGGCACCUGCCAUCCCUAUCAGAGCCCGGGCGGGAGUGAGUAAUUCGGAGGAUUGCACCGGAGCCUUCCCAGGAUGAGUCUUGCCUCUCCGUUUCCGAGGUACUCGGGUUAUCCUCUCCUGAGACUCUCUCCAGAGUGGGUAAAAGGCCGGGCAGUCUCGUCCAAUUAGGACAGGGACGGGGAGGGAAUCAACCACCCCCGCCGUCGUGUGUAUGGUUCCCCGUGUGCUGGUCAUUGUAAGUUCAGUAAUGGGGUAUUCUCUGGUGUCUCCAUGGACACAGGAAACUGGGAGGACUUUCCCCGGGGUCAGACACGUUGGGCCCACCAAAUCCUUACGCACCAGGGUGGCCCGGCUACCAGAAUCCAGUAAGGCCUCCACAUCAUGGUGAUUCACAGUUACCGGGCAGGUGGGGGGUCGAUCUGGGCCGCCAUCUACGACUCCCAAGAGCGAGGCAAAACGGUGUGUGGGUGCUGAGCUGGAGGACUCCGCAGUGGGCAUAGGUUCAUCGGCUGGUUUCCCACACUGCCAGGAGAUAUGUCCCAUCUCCCCACACCGGUAACACUGUCGAGUUUCCCCCUCCUGGUGUACUCUUCUUGGACCCGCCUGGUUUCUGGCUCCCCCUGGAGCCGGGAUAAGUCCUGACGUGGCUGGGUUCGAGACCUUGGGGUCCUUUGGACGGGUUCUUCCCAUUUGUGGUGGGGCCGCACUCCUGGGGUCUUUUCGGGAAGCAUUCAGCAUCUCCGCUGUGGCCUGGUACUUUUCCACAGCUUCCACGGUCAGAUCAGCCGUGGUCAAGGCCUGUUGACUGAUGAACCGUUUUGCCUCAUAAGGCAGGGCGCGUAGGUAACGAUCCACCACAACGGCCUCCACCACCGCCGCUGCUGUAUUCCUCUGCGGAUCCAGCCAUUUCCUUGCGAUUCGGACAAGUUCAUGCAUCUGCGCCCGAGGAGGUUGGUCUGGUUGGAAGGUCCAGCUGUGAAAGCGCUGGGCCAUACCAAACUUUGUGAGUCCAUAUCUGCUGAGGAUCUCAGCCUUCAGGGCAUCAUAGUCAGUAACCUGGUCAGGGCCCAGGUCCCGGACAGCAUUCAGCGAUUCCCCGGUUAGAAAGGGGGCUAACAGACCAACCCACUGUUGCUUGGGCCAGGCUUCCCUAGUGGCCGUGGCCUCAAAUGCAUGCAGGUAUGCCUCAAUGUCAUCGGUAGCUCCCAUCUUAGAUAUAAAGUCACUUGCCUUUAUUGGGCGGGUAUUUUGGACAACCCUCUGUCUCUGCAACUGCAAUUCCUCUGCCUUCAGAAGGUUGGCUUUCUUUUGCUCCUCCAAGAGAGCCACGUUUGCUUGCAUCUGGGCUUGCUGGCCAGCAACAAGGGCUUUCAAUAUGUCCUCCAUUUCAGUCGGCGGGGAGCCUACGGCCAACUUGGAAAACUGGGUGAUCAAACCUUCGGUAUCCUCCUCUGACAUGCACUAUUAACGCUUGAGUAUCCCCGUAUUCUCCACCAUCUGUGACGUCACGAGAGGCUACACAGCUUUCAGCGGGGUUGCUCAAGUAGUGCCAGGAGACAAGGUUCAAACAAAACAAGGAUUUUAUUAUAGGUCUUGGGAAAUUAACGAAAAUAUAACAAAAUUCUGUUCUCUUGUGGCUCUUUAAGGGUUAACAGUUCAGGGAUGUCUCUUCCACAUCCAAAAUCAUAAUCCUCACUCGCUCAGAUAACUUUUCCCCAGCCUUACUGUAGUCCACGUUGCAGCUAGUGGCCAACCCAGCAAAAAGUCCUUCCAAAUGUCUCUCCCGUAUUUCCACAGGCGAAUAUAUCCAAAGGUGAGUAUUUCCCAAAGGUAAGUAUCUCCAAAUCCUUAUAUUCCUCAUGGAAGUGGACGUGCAGCACUCUUGUCCUCCAGAGAGCCCAGGUUGGAGACUGUGUUUCUUCACAACCCACCCACUCCCCCUCAGUGUGUCUCUUCCCUUCCAAAAACCUUCAGCUCAUCAGCCCCUGAUUCGUUUCAGCUGCGUGGGAAGAUUGGCCAUAGAGGGGUGGAGUUCCCGACCAUACCAGCAGAUGGAGCCAUAGCUGUCUGGGUUUGCAGCCAUCUCAGGGGGAUGUAACGUCCCUCCAGGACACAGCCUCUCGUGACAUCACAACACUUACACCUUGCACUACAUGGACAGCCUUCUGUGUGUGUGUGUGUGUGUGUGUGUGUGUGUGUGUGUGUAGGUAACCGGCGGAUGGUGUAUAAGAUGGAGGAGGGGGAGGGGAUUCCUGAUGGCAUGUGUAUCGAUGCGGACGGUAGACUCUGGGUCGCCUGCUACAAUGGAGGCAGAGUGAUUCAGAUUGACACACAGACAGGUGUGUGUGUAUAUCUGCUUAUGUUUGUCAGAGCAUAACAGUUACAGUAUAUUGUAGUAUGAAGGUAACAACCACCAAUCCCCCCUUCCCUCUCUCUGCCCCCCCUUUAAAAGAGAACCGCUCGACGCGAGAGAGCGAUGGAGAGGACCGAAGUCCGAUCAAAGAUACCUAGAGCUCGUAAAAGAACGGAGUAAAUCUCUACUCGUGAGCUACUUCUAUCUGUCCCUCUCUCUCUCUAUCAUCACUUCCUCUAUUGACACUCAUACUCUUACUCUUCCUAAUCAUACUACUUCUCUCUUCUGCUCUCACUUACCCUCUCUAUCUCUGCCCCUCUCUCUCCACUCUUCUCUCUAUGUUCCCUUCUCUAUCCCCUCUCCCUCUCUCUCCUCCCUCUCUCCCUCCCCCUCUCUCGGUCUUCGACUAUCUUUGACCCACUCAUACCACUCUCAUUUGUCCUCUCGAGCUAUUCCUCUUCUCCUCCCUUUGGCCUCGCCCUCCCGUCAGGGGUUGCUUUACGGUAGCUGGUAGCCUCAGUUGUUUCCGGGGGUCAGAGGGACUAUCAGACCUUCGGAUUCACACUUAAGAAACGAGGCAACAUUGCAAACAAUCGCAGGCAGGCUGUGUCUUUAGGGUACGUGUGUGUGUGUGUGUGUGUGUCAGUGGAGGCUCCUCAGAGGAGGAAGGGGAGGACCAUCCUACUCAGUGAAUUUCAACAACAAUAAAAAUGAGUGAAACAUUAAAAAAGUUAUCCUUUUUAGAUAAAACUAUACAAAAUAUAUUCACGUUUUACCAAAUAACUGAUUAAAACACACUGUUUUGCAAUGGUCUACCGCCGCUGGAACGGCAAUGGUCUACAGUAGCCUGAACGGCACAUUCUGGGGUAGCACCAUGGUGUAGCCCGAAUACAGCUAUUUUCCGUCCUCUGGGGUACAUUGACUUCAAUACAAAACCUUGGAGGCUCAUGGUUCGCACCCCCUUCCAUAAGACUUACACAGUAAUUAUGACGACUUCCGGAAGACGUCCUCCAACCUAUCAGAGUUCUUGCAGCAUGAACUGACAUGUUGUCCACCUAAUCAAAGGAUCAGUUAAUUAAUCUAGUACUGAAAGCAUAAGCUAUAGCUAGCUAGCACUGCGGUGUAUAAAAUGUGGUGAGUAGUUGACGCAAAGAGAGAGAAAAACAAUAGUUGAACAGUUUUUAACAAAUUAAUUUCUUUAAAAAUUAAUGAGACACAGAGAUAGAGGUAUAUUUCGUUGUAAUUUUUUCACUUUCACUUACACUACCCGUCAAAAGUUUUAGAACACCUACUCAUUCAAAGUUUUUUCUUUAUUUUUACUAUUUCCUACAUUGUAGAAUAAUAGUGAAGACAUCAAAACUAUGAAAUAACACAUAUGGAAUCAUGUAGUAACCAAAAACGUGUUAAACUAAUCAAAACAUAUUUUAUAUGAGAUUCUUCAAAUAGCCACCCUUUGCCUUGAUGACAGCUUUGCACACUCUUGGCAUUCUCUCGACCAGCUUCACCUGGAAUGCUUUUCCAACAGUCUUGAAGGAGUUCCCACAUAUGCUGAGCACUUGUUGGCUGCUUUUCCUUCACUCUGCGGUCAAUUUGGUUGAGGUCGGGGGAUUGUGGAGGCCAGGUAAUCUGAUGCAACACCAUCACUCUCCUUCUUGGUAAAAUAGCCCUUACACAGCUUGGAGGUGUGUUGGGUCAUUGUCAUGUUGCAUUGGCCUCCCGAGUGGCGCAGUGGUUUAAGGCACUGCAUCGCAGUGCUAGCUGUGCCACUAGAGAUCCUGGUUCGAAUCCAGGCUCUGUCGUAGCCGGCCACGACCGGGAGACCCAUGGGGCGGCGCACAAUUGGCCCAGCGUCGUCCAGGGUAGGGGAGGGAAUGUCCGGCAGGGAUGUAGCUCAGUUGGUAGAGCAUGGCGUUUGCAACGCCAGGGUUGUGGGUUCGAAAAAAUAAUAAAAGUAAUGUAUGCACUCACUGACUGUAAGUCACUCUGGAUAAGAGCGUCUGCUAAAUGACUAAAAUGUAAAAUGUAAAUGUAAUGUUGAAAAACAAAUUAUAGUCCCACUAAGCGCAAACCAGAUGGGAUGGCAUAUCGCUGCAGAAUGCUGUGGUAGCCAUGCUGGUUAAGUGUGCCUUGAAUUCUAAAUAAUUCACAGACAGUGUCACCAGCAAAUCACCCCCACACCAUAACACCUCCACCUCCUCCAUGCUUUACGGUGGGAAAUACACAUACAGAGAGCAUCCGUUCACCCACACCGCGUCUCACAAAGACAUAGCGGUUGGAACCAAAAAUCUCAAAUUCGGACUCCAGACCAAAGGACACAUUUCCACUGGUCUAAUGUCCAUUGCUUGUGUUUCUUGGCCCAAGCAAGUCUCUUCUCCUUAUCAGUGUCCUUUAGUAGUGUUUUCUUUGCAGCAAUUCGACCAUGAAGGCCUGAUUCACACAGUUCCGUCUGAACAGUUGAUGUUGAGAUGUGUCUGUUACUUGAACUCUGUGAAGCAUUUAUUUGGGCUGCAAUUUCUAAGGCUGGUAACUCUAAUGAACUUAUCCUCUACAGCAGAGGUAACUCUGGGUCUUCCAUUCCUGUGGCGGUCCUCAUGAGAGGCAGUUUCAUCAUAGCGCUUGAUGGUUUUUGUGACUGCACUUGAAGAAACUUUCAAAGUUCUUGACAUCUUCCAUAUUGACUGACCUUCAUGUCUUAAAGUAAUGAUGGACUGUUGUUUCUCUUUGCUUAUUUGAGCUGUUCUUGACAUAAUAUGGACUUGGUCUUUUACCAAAUAGGGGUAUCUUCUACCUUGUCACAACACAACUGAUUGGCUCAAACGCAUUAAGAAGGAAAGAAAUUCCACAAAUUAACUUUUAACAAGGCACACCUGUUAAUUGAAAUGCAUUACAGGUGACUACCUCAUGAAGCUGGUUGAGAGAAUGCCAAGAGUGUGCAAAGCUGUCAUCAAGGCAAAGGGUGGCUAUGUGAAGAAUCUCAAAUAUACAAUAUAUUUUGAUUUGUUUAACACUUUUUUGGUUACUUAAUGAUUCCCUAUGUGAUAUUUCAUAGUUUUGAUGUCUUCACUAUUAUUCUACAGAAAAUAGUUUAAAAAAAUAAGAAAAACCCUUGAAUGAGUAGGUGUUCUAAAAAGUUUGACCGGUAGUGUACCUAAUUUAGCCUACUCAAACAACCGGCUCAAACAGAGAGGAAUGCUAUUUAUGUUAUCUAGCUGGCUAAGGCUAUCCAACACUGGAACUCUUCCAAGUCAAGGUAAACUUUUGGUUUUAUAAAUGUAUUGCCACAGGGGCUCACCAGUGUAACUGCAAAAAAUGUGAGCCUGGUCACAGACAGUUGUGUUGUGCACUGAAGUCCACAAGCAAAGGAAAAAGGUGAGAGGAGGAGAGCUCGUAAAUGCAAGAAGGAAUUAUACAACAAGCAAAGUGAUGAUGCUGUUUGUAUGUGGCUGCUAUGAAAGUGAACUGUGUGUGCUGGUGAUCAGGAGUGUAUUCAUUCCGGAGAUUCUGUUGAAAAACUUUUCUUAAACGUAAGCAAACGGAACGAAACAGGGAUAAACCUAUCAAAUCUGUAAUAUCUGUAAUAUAAACUCUUGUUUGCAACUGAUUACAACCUAGAUCAGCUAGAUGCAGGCAAGAGUGUGCAAGGCGGUAUUGAAUGUGUCACUGUCUGUCUCCUUGAUUACUCCAAUUUGUCUCGACCUAUGUUAGAAACACUUUUUGCAGACGCUCUUAUCCAAAGUGACUUACAGUAGUGAGUGCAUACAUUUUCAUACUUUUACAUACUAGCUAGGUUGUAGCAACCUCAUGAUAGGUAUAGGGAACAUUUUUGUAUCAUGUAGUAGCCUAAACCUAUCGAUGUUACAUUGAGCUGGGUGAAUGGAAUAUGAAUGACAGUGAUCCAAUAUGCUGUAAUAGAAAUAGGGCCAUGCUCAUUUAAAAAAAAUUGGCCUCCCUAAUCUUAAACGGCACCGACCGCCACUGGUGUGUGUGUGUGUUUUAUUCAGCCUGUGUUUUAUUCUCCUUGCAGAUCACAGGUCUGGGUGCAAAGGGCGUUCCUGCAAACUCAUUCGCUGGAUGAGUGACACAAUGGAAACACUGAAAACCGGCCCUUGUUAAUCAUUCCAUGAUGAUCAGCCUGUAACUCGACUGCACAACUAAACUGCACCCACUAACCACUAAUCUCACUAAUAAAAUAAUGUGACUUUAUGAUUUUAAGCAAAACUCAACAUGCCUCAGUUACUGUACAUAUUUUGUCCAAUAAAAAGCUCAAAUUGAUA